AUGGAGGUAGCUGGGCCAACUGAAAAGCCUGCAAACAAAAGAGAAGAGAUUAUUCCAUCAGGGAGAAAAAUUCAGGGAAGUUUAGCAGUCCCGGCAGCAAAAUACCGUCGAGUAGGCCGAGUAAUCUGUGGCAUUUGUGGAAAGAGGUUUGUCAAGACCUGUGAACUGUUUGCCCACCAGCGGACCCACACAGGAGAGAAGCCCUACCAGUGCUCAGAUUGUGGGCGCUGCUUUUCCGUCCAGUCUACGUUGGCCAGCCACCAAAGUAUCCACACAGGCGAGAAGCCUUACAAGUGUCAGGAGUGCGGCAGGAACUUCCGGCUGAAGAGCAAUCUGAGCCGCCACCAGCGUGUCCAUGACGGCUUAAGACCAUUCCGAUGUGAGUACUGUGAGGCCACCUACAGCACCAAAUCCCACCUGGUCUGGCAUCUCAACAGCCAUACAGGUGAGAAGCCGUACAAAUGUACCGAGUGCUGGAAGCGUUUUGGAGAGAUCUCCUCGCUGGUAGAGCAUCUUCUUUCGCAUCAGGGCGAUGGCGGCGGCGGAAAUGGAACCGCUUCCGCGGGACGUGCAGGUAGCGGGCACCUUCACCACUGCGAUGACUGCGGCAAGAAUUUCUGCCGGAGUACCACGUUAGCGGAGCACCGUCGCAUUCACACUGGCGAGCGGCCUUUUGCCUGCGAGGAGUGUGGUGCGCGGUUCAUGCGCCGGGCUCUUUACAAUGAACACGUCCGGACACACUCCGAACAGGGCCCGCCUAACCUGUGUGUAGCCUGCGGUAAAUCCUUCACUAAGCGCUAUUCCCUUCUCCAACACCAGAGGUCGCACACGGGAGAAAAACCUUACCAGUGCCCAGACUGUUCAAAAAGUUUCAUUGCCAGCUCCGCCUUGACUCAGCACCGGCGGAUACACACUGGAGAAACACCUUACCCGUGUCCAGACUGUGGGCGCAGUUUUAGCCAGAAAUCGGUGCUUACAACUCAUCGGAGGCUUCAUACGGGUGAAAGACCCUACAAAUGCCAGGAGUGUGGGAAAGGGUUUAGUCAGAGCUCAGCAUUGACUCAGCAUCACCGGACACAUUCAGGGGAAUCCCCGUACAGCUGCGGAAAGUGUGGGAAAAGCUUUAGCGGUAUGUCAGCCCUCAAGCGGCACCACCUCACCCAUACAGGUGAACGCCCCUUUCGCUGCGAGGAGUGCGGCAAAGGAUUCAAACAGAGCUCUACGCUGGUCCAGCAUCAGAGGAUUCACACUCACGAGAAGCCGUAUGCCUGUCUCCAGUGCAACAAGAACUACAGCCAACGGGCUGCACUUGCUAAGCACUUGAGGACCCAUGUCAAGGACUCCUCACUUUCUGGCACAGACAGCGAGCCCGUCGAUAAAAGGGUUUACAGAGACCUUUUUGUUCAACCUCAAGAGGAGGAGGAGGAGGAGACAGAGAAUGACAUGGAGGAAGAAGUGGGUGAAGUACUGGUGCUCCCUCCGGGGACGUGGGAUGCAGAGAUAAAAGAGGAGCCAGAUCUUGAAUGGGAGAAUGAUGUACCAUCUGUGGAAAUAGGGUCACUCUCACGGGUGAAAAAGGAGGUGUCAGAUGAGGCCCAGAUGGAAGAGAAAGAGGAAUGGUCAACGACGUCUCUCGAGAUCAAACAGGAGCCAGAGGACUGA